AUGAGUGCUGUAGCUACCUAUCAUCCCCUCCUGGUUAAAUACCUUGCUCAGCUCUCUACCCAUCCCCUUCGAACAAAGGCCAUUACCACAGGCUCGCUAUGCUUCCUCCAGGAAGUCCUUGGAAGUCACCUCUCAGGGCUUCCAGCUAAGCCCUCCAAGGACGUUCCUGCUCCGCUUCGCGCUUUGGCCAAAGCUCACAUCAACGUCAAGGCUGUCAAGAUGGCUAUUUACGGCUUCCUCGUGUCCGCCCCGUUAAGCCACGUCCUCGUUCAAUACCUCCAGAAGGCCUUCGCCGGCAAGUCUUUGUAUUAUGGGCUGAGGACGUCUAGGGUAGGUAGAUAG